GUGACAGCGUGAUUCUGUCUAAAGAAUAUGUAGAGUUUGAGACGAUACAGCCAGUACAAACGUUCAGUAGACCCUCCGUUCAAACAAUAAGAAUAUUGCAAACAGGUAGCCAUAUCUCACCAUGAGUACCGGCACUCCUUAUAUCGGCAGUAAGAUCAGCCUCAUAUCAAAGGCUCAGAUACGGUAUGAGGGCACGCUUUACACGAUAGAUACCGAAAAUUCUACUGUGGCAUUGGCAAAAGUUAGGUCCUUUGGGACAGAAGGAAGGCCAACAGAUAGGCCUGCACCUCCAAGAGAUGAAAUCUAUGAAUACAUCAUUUUCAGAGGCAGUGACAUCAAGGACAUAACUGUCUGUGAGCCUCCAAAACUGCACCAUAAUUUGCCACAAGACCCUGCAAUAGUUCAGUCCUCCAUUGGCAGCGCUUCAGCGGCCUAUUCUUCGCAAGGACCAUAUUCGCCAUACAGAGGCAUGAUGCCAACCUACAGCCAGCUUGCUGCAAGCUCUCUGUUAAAUCAGCACUAUGCUGCGGCAAUGGGUUUGGGAGCAGGGACGCAUGGAUUUCCAGUCAGAAGGGGCCCAAUGGUCGAACAGGCUGUCCAGACAGUGGCGGCACAGAACAGUGUUCAGAAAAAGGGUGUCUUGGGGCCCCAGCCUCAGAGACGAGAUGGAGGUAGACCUGUGCGGAGUGGCCUGGGAAGCACUCAAACCCAGAGGUCCUCAGGGCAAAGCAAUAUGUCUGCUGCACAGCAUGGCACAGUACAAGGACCAAGGCAGGGGAAUGACGAGAACAGGCCACCACAGAGGAGACGUCAAGGACCCCGUAGAUCCAGGAACCGUGGAAGAGGCAAGAUGAAUGCUUCCAGCUCCAAACCCACGACUCUUCAAUUUGAGACAGACUUUGACUUUGAAACUGCCAAUGCACAAUUCAGUAAAGAUGAUAUUGGAAAGGAGAUUCAAGAAAAGCUGAACGUUAAAGAAAUGAAGAAUGACGGUGACGAGGAAAAGACUGACGCAAAGGAAGAAGAUGCUGAAACAAAAAGUGGUGAUGGGACAGUGGAAGGGGAUCCUCUUGGACCGAACUGUUACUACAACAAGGCCAAAUGCUUCUUUGACAACAUCUCCUCAGAAAUGAAAUCUAGACGCACCACAUGGGCAGAAGAGAGAAAGCGGAAUGUAGAGACCUUUGGAGUGCCAGGUCGCUACCUCAGGGGCCGUGGGAUGCGCGGGGGUUAUCGCGGGCAGAGAGGAAGGGGGGGUAUACAGCGACUUGUGGGCAGCGGCAGAAUUUGAGAUGGUCCCUUGAGGAAAGACGUCAAGGUUUUGUCGCUGGAUUGUACUAUAUAAAUCCUUUUUCUGUUAUGUGAAUAUUUUUUUUUUGCUUUUGUAAUGUUUGAAGCACUUUGGCAGAACAGUACAUGGGCAAAAUGGGCUAGAGGUAGAUUAGUACCUUAAUAGAUAUUUUGGUUUAAUUAGUCAUUCCACAUUUUGAGUAUUAAUUUGACUUGAAUGAUCAAGUGGUUUCAACUUGUGUAUUGUGAAGUUUGCCCAUUAACUUGUUUGCCUCCCUGACAAUUUACAUGUGGUGAUCUGCUAUUUGAGCCAGAGCCAAACCCAAACUGUUUAUUUAUGGCAUUGUAAACUAUGUAAUGUACAGCUGAAUACAGAUUAAUUGUGUCUAUGAAGUUGAGAUCCCCCACGCUGUGAUUUGCACUUUUGUGUUCAUUUUCUUUUUUUACCUGCUUGUGGAGGAAACUUAUUUGUGGGGAGAUGCUUGCUGUUGCAUAUUAUUAAAUAAACAUGUGAAAUGUCUAUACCUGA